AUGUAUAUCCCACAGAAACGAGAUCUUGGCCGAAAAGAUAGCAUCUUUAUCAUCUGCGUCUCAAUCCUCAUCUUCAUCGUUGCUGUCUGCGUAUGUCUGUACUUCGGGGCCCGGUGGCUCCGGCAGCGGCACUAUGAACCCAAAUACAUCCCCGGGAAGGCAUUGAAACGCAAGUGGAAGCAAUGGCAUCCCAGGAGCGCCUCGUAUGGCCAGGUCCCGAACCAAAAUGCGGCACGCCGUGAUCAAGACACAUCUUACCGUGGUGCGGGCGGAUCGGACCCAGAGAUGGCUGCUAUCGCCACUCGUCAGGAGAGCAACCGCAACAAUAGUAAUGGUCCGCAGCGCGAAACAUCCAUCCGAUCUAUUAUAACAUUGCCGCCUUACUCGGCUAGCCCGAAGCCGACAGAGCAGAUCAUCGCGCGAGAAGGAGAAAGAGGCGGCAUGGAUAUGGUCGUCGAAUUUCCCGAGACUGUCGAGGAACAAGAAACCCGUCGGGAGGACCAGAUGGAAGCGCUCUAUCAACUGCGCGUGCAACGCCGUCAAGAGCUUGCUGAUCGGGAAGCACGCCGACAGGAACGGAGAGAUGCUCGAGCACGGGGUGACACAGCACGUCUCGAACAACUCGCCCGCGAAUCCCGUGCAAGGAGUAAUCGACGUCAGGAGGGCAGCGGAAGCAAUACCUCGCUCAGCGCAUCUGCCGUGAUCGCUGAGCAUCAAUCGCGCGAACGAGAACGACGGAUCUCAAGUGUUAGUUACGCCGAGCUGGGUCACGUUCGGCAUGAUGGCUCUCGCCUUCGAGCUGAUUCGCACACCUCACACACUUCGGACUCGGAUCACCACCCGCUACUACAGAAUGCUGUGGUCAACAACUCCUCCCCGUCGUUAGUGGACCAGCCCAGUGUACACUCCCGGAUGGAGUCCUUCACAUCCACGAUGUCCUCCGACGCUGACCCGCUGACGCUCCAUCCAACAUCCACCCGUGGCUCCUCUAUUCGACCCGUGUCACAGGCCGAAGAAGAGGACCUAGGUGCUCUAAAUAUCCCACCACCACCUGAAUACGAUCAUCUCGACUGGGGCGAGGCCCCUGCCUACGAAAGCCCCGUGAGAGAGCGGAACAACCAGCAACUCCCGAAUAUCAUGCGUCUGCCGUCUAUUCAUAUCAAUGUUGCUAGCCCCACGACUCUCUCCCCAGCAACUCCUACUGAGUUGCAUCCAGAGGAGUCCCAACGUGACCCAUCAACACCUCCAGCCCCGACGGAUCCUGUGCCGACACCAAAUACCGCGUCCGGCGCAUCCGGCCCCACCGCUGGAAAUUCCCCUGUUUCAUAA